GAGUUUUUGCUUAGUGCUUCCAUCUUUAAACUACCUGUAAUCGUUUUUAAUAAAAUAUUGGCAACAAUAAACAGCAACUGUAAUUUCAGGUAAAAUUAAAAAGGUCCAUUGAAACUGCCCUCAACCUUGUCCUUAUCACUAUUUUGAUAUUAUUUGUUUGUAUUUAUUUAUCACUUCGCUUUCAAUUUAAAUUCCACAACAAAACUGCGCAUGUGUCUUGUACAAUUUACCCAAAGCAGUGCCUCUCGAAAAUGAUUUUAUUUGUAAUAAUAACACAAUCUUUUUUUAAAAAACUAAAAAUAACUUUUAAUUCCUAAGGUAUACUAUCCCUAGCUACACUAAAAACAAUUUGUUACAUUUUACUGGUCCGUAAAAACAAAUGGGUGCAUAAUUCAACUGCAGAAAAGCAUGCUUUAAUAUCACUAGUCCUGUGUGUGAUCAAAUAGAUUACUAAUUUUCAUCUUUAAACUAAUUGUCAUGGCUUACUUACGCAAACACUAUGUUCAUCAAUAACAGCCAUUUCUUCAAAAUUCAUAUUUAAUCUUUUUAACUAACGACAAUUUGUGAAACUUGCAAAUCAAACACUAUAUCGAACACAAAAACAGCUCAACGUGUCUAUGUUAUUUACAAACAUUACAAGGUCACCUAAUAUUUUUCUUUGCGUCAUCGGUCGAUAAUUUCAUGGAAUCGUGAUAGUCCUGCCAUCUUUUCUUCGAAUGAUGAACUAAAAUAUUUAAAGUUCACUAUUAAGAGUGAUAUAUUCAUUAUAUGCAAACAAUUCCAAAUUGUAAUUAUAUAACAUUUGUGCCUAUAUUAUACUUUAUAUGAAAAACUCGAACCAUGCAAUACACACUGUUUGUUUACAAUGAACUAAAACAAAUCGUGAACCGUGGCACUGCUAUUUUCACAUUAUCCUUCCUCUCUAGCAAACAAAAAGUUCAUCCCUACUUUCCUCAGUAUACAUAUCUUACGUUUAGGUUAAGUUUUUUUUGAUGUACAAAAUAUAACAAAUAUAAAAUAAAAUGACUAAAUCGUACCCUACCAAUUGGGAUGUACAAAAAUAUAGAGAUGAGGUUGAACCGGAACAUCAUUGGGAAUUAAGAAAAAGAUUUAUAGAAACACAUAAAGGAAAGUUUAGUGAGGAAUACUUAGUCGCUUUAGCGAAAACUUUCACUAAUAUAGAGUUUAUGGGAUGCAGCUAUCCACCCAACUUAAUGAUACGAAUAGCUGAAUUAUCGAAAGACGUUGCUAAAGAUUACAGGAAUGAGAAAAAAUCUAAAUUACAAAGAACCUUUGUAUCGGCAUCUAGUGCUGCUGAAAACAAAAUAAAGAUGAGAUUGGAUCCAGGAAGACAAAUACACCCAAGGAAGUAGUGGUUGAAGUGUAUUAUGAUUGGAAGAAGGAAAUGACCUCAAAAUUUUUUGAAAAAUUUAUUUUGUACAAAAUAGAAUGCAACUAAUAAAAACUUGGAAAAAUCAUAAAA